CUUUAUACAAAGGGUGUCUCAGCUCCUCCAGGCAAUCUAAUAAAGGGUAUAAAUACUCUCUCCAUGCAAGUUUUUUCUAACUGCUUCUCUUGACUUGUUCUCUCCGGUGCGCUGAGCAUUCCCUUACCACGGCCAGGCAAUGGCUUCUGAGCAGCUGGCAUGCACCAACCCCUGCGAUGCCAAGUGUCCCCAACCCCUGGCCACCAGCAGCAACGAGCCCUGCGUCGUGGCCUGUGGUGACUCCCGGGUGAUCAUAUACCCACCCCCCGUCGUUGUCACCUUCCCAGGGCCCAUCCUCACCACCUACCCGCAGCAAACCGUCGUGGGAGCCUCAGAGCCCUCCGAGGUGGCCCUAGCAGAGGCUCCCACAGCAGCACCUCUGCCAGCGGAGACAAUGGGGAGGCUGGAGGCAGCAACUGAGAAAGCUGCAGCCCCUGUCAUCGCCCGACCUGAGCUACGGUGUGCCCCUAAAUACUCCUACACCUAUUCUUCCCAAUGGACACAUCCAUGCAAUUCGUACCGCUCUGGGAAGCGGUGGACAUACUGAGGUGUGCACAGAGUGGUUUAAAGAAGCAGCAAAGGAAACUCAAGAUGCAAAUUGGGGGUGGAGCUGAUGGGCACCAGCCCCAGUGUUGGGUGGUGUCUGGCUGCAAAUGAGAACUGCGAAUGCUCAGCACCUGUGAAAGGCAGGUUCGUGUGUGCAUUUUCUCAUUUUGCCUUUAGUUUAGAUCUGUUAUUCUCUGGCUUUCCACGUUAGUCAUCUGCUUACAUUGUGCUUUGUCUUAUUUCAGUUAUAUUAUUGACACUGAACUUAGAGUGGUGACUUAGGAUGCUAGAAAUUGCACACAGCAACUGUGCCAAGGAAGAAACCCCAUUUUUUAUAGACUGCAUCACUUUAACCCUGGUGAUUAGCCAGAACCUCACU